UUCUCAGCUAUAUGGGGGGCUUGGAUGGUGAGCAAAAAAAAUUGAUCAAGAAGUUGGUCAACUUUCGCAUGAAAGAAGGUAAAAGAACGAGAGUUCGUGGUAUUGUUUAUCAAACUUUUCAUCGCCUAUCUCGAACUGAACGCGAUGUAAUCAAACUUAUGGUUGACGCCAUAGAGAAUAUAAAGCCCAUAUGCGAAGUGGAAAAAGUAGGAGUAGCAGGUACUAUUUAUGAUGUCCCUGGGAUUGUAGCCAGGGAUCGUCAACAAACUUUAGCUAUUCGUUGGAUCCUUGAAGCAGCUUUCAAACGACGUAUAAGCUACAGGAUAAGCUUAGAGAAAUGUUCAUUUGCUGAGAUACUGGAUGCUUACCGAAAGAGGGGAAUUGCACGUAAGAAAAGGGAGAAUCUUCAUGGACUGGCUUCCACCAAUCAAAGUUUCGCGCAUUUCAGAUGGUGGUAAAGUGAGACCACAUAAAGAGUUUUUCCUCAUUCAGUCAGAUUUUUCAGUAAGAUAUGGUUUGACCCUUUUUGUUUUUGUUUUUUUAUUCAUAUAGAAAGCCGGCCUUCCUCAUACUCCUCCCUUCCUUCAUUGAGUUGGAGGAAUCCAUAGGAGGCCCGCCCGUUAUGCAUUGCAUGAAAGAACCUUUCUUUGUAUGACUUCUCUUUUGCCUCAGGUCGAAUGAAUACGAAAGGGAGAUCAGAUCAAUCAAAACAAAAAAAAGGCCAUGAAUGAAGAAGUAGUGGGCCUUUCACCCUCUUUCUAGUGACUCGGGUAAAUGCACUUCAAAGGGAGGGAAGCUAGGUUUCCCAUGUUGGUAUGGCCGAGCAUAAAAGAUUUUGAAGUUAGGUCAAAAAGAAGAGGUAAAGAGAGAGAAGAGAAACGGAACCGAUAGCCCCGAAUUAUGUCAGGGCAAGAGAAAGAAAAGUAAGGACUCUCGUUUUCCGCAUACGCAUAUAGGCUGUGAAAAAGAAGUCCACUUUUAUAUUCUAAUAGAGAAAGAGGGAGAUUCGUCUACUUUCUUAAUAAGGUAAGGGAACGAACUUCAAGUACUUCGUAGGACGGCGCCGUUUGCUAAGAUGUGCUUCCACAUCGUAAGCUUUAGUGCACAAGUCGUCGAAUCCCUUAAAGGUUUUGGGCAGGAGUAUCGACGACAAGUCGUGCCUGAAGUUGUUCAUGCACAUCUUGAGGAGCUCUUGCUGAGUCAAGGACAGGCAAAAGUAAGGGCUCGUCACCUUGCAAUGAACUCCGUGACAGGUUCAUUAUCCCUUUGCUUGGUCUUGAGUUGAGAUUGGCCCCUCCUAUUGCGGAACACCAACCCGCUCAUUUCCCUCAAGAUCCUCUGCUUCCCCCCAUCAUCCUCAUUCGAUCCUGCCUGCCGAAGAAGGAGAAGGGCUAAAAUACAAAGGCAAUUAGCGCUAGAGAGAGGCACUAGCAAGACAACGCGCAGCACUCUAAUCUAAUGCACUAAUGCUAAUGCACGCUAACUACCCCUAAUCUAAUGUGCUACUACCGCGCUAUA